AUGACGUAUUUAUUAUUUGAUGCAGCCGCUAAAGUAACUCAAAGUCAUGAUGUCACUUGUGAUGACGAUUUUUAUGAUAGACUAUCUCGACGUUAUUCCGUUAUUCUUCUAAUCAUAUUUACCAUAUUAGUUUCAACAAAACAGUAUGUCGGUGAGCCAAUUGCAUGUUUUUGUCCCGCUCAUUUUACUGGUACUCAUGUUGAAUAUGCAAAUAAUGUCUGCUGGAUUUCAAAUACAUAUUUUGUUCCAUUUGAACGUGUAUUACCAAAAUAUCCUCAACCGGAAACUGAACAUUAUAUUUAUUUUUAUCAAUAUGUUCCAUUUAUUCUUAUGGGUCAAGCUCUAUUAUUUUAUUUUCCAUCACUUGUUUGGUCAUCAUUAAAUAGUCAAAGUGGUUAUGAUAUUGGCAUGUUAGUAAUGCAAUCUCGUCACAUUGAUACAUUUACAUCGGAUAAUCGUGAAAAAUCUAUUCGUUAUUUAGCAAAAUAUAUUGAUCGUACAUUAGAAUAUCAUAAACAAAAACAUCUUGAAUAUAUUGAAAGAUUUAAAAAUUUAAAAUUAAAAAAUUUAAUUACUCUAAUAACAUUUCUACUUUUAAAUAAUCAUUUAUUAAUAAGUUUUUUAUUUUCAAAAAUUUUAUAUUUAUGUAAUGCAUUUGGUCAAUUAUAUUUGUUAAAUUUUUUUCUUGGCAAUGAUUAUCAUAUGUACGGUUUUCGAGUAUUAAAAAAUUUAUUUAUUGGUAAUAAUGAAAAUUGGACGGUAACACCACGAUUUCCUAGAAUAACAUGGUGUAAUUUUGCUGUAAGAAAUAUGGCCGAUAAUAUUCAUGAAUAUACUGUUCAAUGUUCAUUACCAAUUAAUUUAUUUAAUGAAAAAAUAUUUUUAGCAGUUUGGUUUUGGCUAUAUUUUACAACAUUCUGUACAUUAUUUGGUUUUCUUUAUUGGAUAUGUUCAUUGUUUUAUCCAAAAUUGUAUGAAAAUCAUCUAUUAAAAUAUUUAAGAUCAAUGAAACGUAUAAAUUUACAUCAUGUUCAUAUGUAUACAAAUGGAGAAAAUUUAACUAAUCAUAAUAAUAAUCAUUUUUCAAAAAUUUUGACAUCAAACAAUGAUUUAGAACGAAUAUGGAAAAUGAAAUUAUCAUCUCAUUUAAAAACAAAAACAACAUCGAAUGAUGAACAAGAUCCAUCAUCAGCGAUCACAUUGAUCAAUGAUGAUGAAACAUUUUUCACCAAUUUUACCAUGAAAUAUUUGGGAAGAGAUGGUAUUUUAUUAUUAUACAUCAUAAAUAAGAAUUCAAAUGAGGUAAUUACAGGCGAACUGGUUUCAGCUCUUUGGGAUCUAUAUAAAGCACGUAAAUAA